AUGGCGACUACCCAAGAAAGUAGUCGUGCUNACCUUGACAAAACCAAGGACGAGAACAUAAACACUGCAACACAGUAUACCAUCGGAUGGAUAUGCGCUCUACCAAUCGAGUUGGUGGCAGCGGUGAAGAUGCUAGACGAAGAACAUCCACGUCUACCACAGGAUCCCAAAGAUGACAACUCUUACAGAUUUGGGCGUAUCGGGAAUCACAAUAUCGUCAUUGGCUGUCUGCCGCAUGGCAGACUCGGCCUCGUAUCUGCAGCUAGUGUUGCUCUACAGAUGAAAAACAGCUUCGACAACAUCCGCAUAGGAUUAAUGGUGGGCAUAGGGNGCGCUGUGCCCAGCCAGGAGACAGAUAUACGACUUGGAGAUAUCGUCGUCAGCAGUCCCAAUGGCCAACAUGGUGGUGUUGUUCAAUAUGACCUUGGCAAAACUCGUCCCAACGGGCAGCUGGAGCGAACAGGAUCCUUAAACUCCCCACCCAACGCACUUCUCCAUGUUGUGACUGAGAUGAUCGCUGCCCAAGAAAUGGGCGAGCUUCAGAUCGAUACUUGUCUCUCCAGACUUGCUAAUCAGCUACCAGCAUAUGCAUUUCCGUCGAAACUCACAGACUGCUUAUACCAACCACAUCACACACACAAAGGUGGAAAGAGUUGUUUAGAGUGCGGUGGCUCCGAAGAUCAAGUGCUACGCGAACAGAGAGACAACAACACCCCUGUCAUCCAUUAUGGUACUAUUGCGUCAGGGAAUCAGGUCAUGAAAGACGCUUAUACCCGAGAUAAGCUUAGCCACGAGCUUGGAGGUGUACUUUGCUACGAGAUGGAGGCCGCUGGCUUGAUGAAUAACUUUCCUUGCUUGGUGAUUCGUGGAAUAUCAGAUUACUCCGACUCCCACAAGAACGAUGGAUGGCAACGCUACGCGGCAGCUGUAGCCGCCGCAUACGCGAAAGAUCUGCUCGGUCAUCUCGCCUCUGCCAAGGUGGACGGAACGGAAACACUCAAUCAAUUUAUGGGAGAUUUGUCACAAGGCAUAGCAAGGAACCAGACCCUCAUCGAAGACGUGGGAAGUAGGCUGGACAGUACGUACUGA